CGCGGUUUCCGCAAUUGGAACCCCCACCACUCGGCGAGUUGAACGAGCCAAACCAAUUAGGAUCCAUUUUCCGCUUCCUUUUGCUCAGUGCUCGUUGUAACCCCGUGGUCGACAACAGGAGCAUCAAAGACAAACAAAAAUGGCACUCGGCCAGACUCAUCGCGUCACCAAGAGAACAGCACCAGCCAAAACCAAAACCAAAACUAAAACUAAAACCAAAGCUGGUGCAAGCGACGACCGCGUUGAGAGCGACGUGCUCCUCGCCAUCAAACCAGAACACCUCGCCAACAUUUCCAGCCAAAAAAAGAAUCACGAAUACCGCAAGUAUCGGUUGCGCGAUGGGGUGGAGCGUUUGUGGCUCUAUGAGACGGGUGGGGGCAAUGGCAGGUCAGCUAUCACGCAUAUCGCCGUGAUACCAUCCGAUGUUCGACGCACACCGGGAGAAGUGCCCACAGAGCCCUUCGGCAUCGGCAACGAAGACUUCAAUGCCGGACUAAAGCAGUCCAAGUACGGUUACCCAGUUUUGGAGCUGUACGAGCUCGUCAAGCCUGUCAAACUAGCAGAGAUGAAAAGCCGAUGGGGGAUGGGAGGUGCGCCGAUGGGGUGGCGCUACCUCGGGGCCGGCCUGUGGGAGGACCGGUGGGGGGGCGAAGAGGGGCGGGACGACAAGGUGAAGAAGCUAUUCUGAGCGGCCGUCUAUCGCUUCCAGCCACGGAGCGCCGUCGACUGUAUUACUUUGCACAACAAAGAUGGUAC